GGCUCCCUGUGGCUCUGAGCCUUGAGAAUUCCAACCAAGUUCAGUCAAGAAAGGGGGUGUGGGCUUUUGAGCUGUGCCACUCAGCUGCUAGAGUGUGGUUGACAGUCUCCUCCCCUUCCUGUACUUCACCUCUACACGGGUGCACUCUGGAAUGACAGGCAUUUCUGUGUGAAGAGAGCCAGUGUGAAGACAGAUUUGUAAGAACCACAGUGCCAGAAUACAAGGAAACAGAAACUCCAGCAGAUUAACUAACCUCGUGCCAUUUCCUGACGUUUGGCAGUGACACUGAGAGAGGAUUGCACGUCCCCUCUUUAUGUGGAUUUGUCAUUUAAGAAAAGUUUGCUUUUCUCCGGGACAGUUUGUUGUGAGAUACUUCAGACAGCAUAAUUAAUCAUGGGGCAAGCUGAUGUCUCCAGACCGGUAAAUCCAGAUGCAAUUGACUGCUCCAGAGAACCCUGGGACAGUAGAAGAACCAAGCCAGCCCACUGCAGAUCCAGGCAUGGUCAUGGACAGUGUGGAAGCAGGAGACACAACACCUCCCACCAAAAGGAAGAGCAAGUUCUCUGGCUUUGGCAAGAUCUUCAAGCCUUGGAAAUGGAGGAAAAAAAAAAGUAGUGAUAAAUUCAAAGAGACUUCAGAAGUUUUAGAGCGAAAAAUAUCUAUGCGAAAACCCAGAGAAGAGCUGGUUAAGAGAGGGGUCCUGCUGGAAGAGCCUGAGCAGGGUGGCGAGGAUCUAGGAAAGUCAAGCCAUGCCAUGUUAAAGAAUGGCCAUACCACCCCCAUAGGGAGUGCCAGAUCUUCUAGUCCAGUCCAAGUAGAGGAAGAGCCAGUAAGAAGAGCAAGCCUUAGGCAACCCAUUCCAGAAGAAGACCCAAAGAAACGAUUAGGCUCAACCGGAAGCCAGCUUCAUUCUGAAGCAGAAUCUGUUCCUGAGAAUGUACCCAAACAGCCUUUACUUCCUCCCAAAAGACCUUUGUCCUCAUCUCAUGAAGCAAGUGAAGUGCAAGGAAAGGAUAUCACUUCCUCUGGCUGCACAGCAAGGUCCAUCUUCACUACCACCAUCACAGCACCUGCUGCCACCACUCCUGCCACAAGCCUAGCAAAGACUGUUCAUUCCUCUGUCACCCCUUCCCUAGCACCCAGGACUCUGCCUAUUACUUCUGCCAGCACUAACACUACUACUACUACCCUGAGCCUCACUCAUACAGUCCCUGCCAAACAACCUCCUAUCCCUCCCCCUAAACCAGCUCACAGAAAUAGCAACACUGUCAUUGCUGAACUGUCCCAAGCAAUAAACAGUGGCACAUUGUUGUCAAAACCAUCCCCACCUUUACCACCUAAGAGAGGCAGUCCAUCAACCUUGGUACCCACCGUGGAGCCUGCUCCUGUCAUCAACACAAAAACACCAAGUGAUCAAAGAGAGAAGAACACAUACUCUGUGGGCUCUGAACCACUGAUGAUAAUCCCACCUCCCUCUCCAUCCCCCCCACUGCCUACUCAUAUACCUCCAGAGCCUCCACGUUCCCCUCCAUUCCCUGCUAAGACUUUUGUAGUUGUGCCAGAAAUUGAGUUUAUACCAUCCUUAGAUCUAUCCCAGGAGGUUUCCCAGCAAGAAGAUCAGAAGAAGGAAGUCCCAAAGAGGAUAUUGGACCAGAGUUUUGGGGAGCCCCAUGUACCUUCUAGACUGCCCCCACUCCCACUGCAUAUUCGAAUCCAGCAGGCCCUGACCAGCCCACUUCCCAUGACUCCUCCAUUGGAGGGCUCUCACAGAGCUCAUUCCUUGCUCUUUGAGAACAGUGACAACUUUUGUGAAGACAGCAUCACUCUAGGUCGGACAAGGUCACUUCCCAUCACUAUUGAAAUGCUGAAAGUUCCAGAUGAUGAAGAGGAGGAGCAGAUCUGCCCACCUUCAUUCAGUGAAGAUGUGAUGUCUACCUCAGUCAUCUCUAAACUACCGCAGUGUCUGCAGGAGGAAGAGGAGGAGAAGGAGAGUGACUCUGAUUCAGAGGGGCCCGUUCAGUACCGAGAUGAAGAGGAUGAAGAUGAAAGCCAUCAGAGUGCUCUAGCCAACAAAGUGAAAAGGAAAGACACACUGGCAAUGAAGUUGAACCACAGACCCAGUGAACCAGAAUUGAACUUGAAUAUUUGGCCUCAUAAAAGCAAGGAGGAGUGGAAUGAAAUUCGGCACCAGAUUGGGAAUACACUGAUCCGGCGACUGAGUCAAAGACCAACACCAGAAGAACUUGAACAACGAAAUAUAUUACAACCUAAAAAUGAAGCUGAUCGUCAGGCAGAAAAACGAGAGAUUAAGCGUCGACUCACUAGAAAGCUCAGUCAAAGGCCAACUGUGGCUGAACUACUUGCCAGGAAGAUUCUGAGGUUUAAUGAAUAUGUGGAGGUAACAGAUGCUCAAGAUUAUGAUCGGCGAGCUGACAAACCUUGGACCAAACUCACCCCUGCUGAUAAGGCUGCCAUAAGAAAAGAAUUAAAUGAAUUUAAAAGCUCAGAGAUGGAGGUUCAUGAAGAGAGCAAACAUUUUACACGCUACCAUCGUCCAUGAUGCCAAAAUUUGAGAGAUGAACAACCCUCCCAAAAAAAUAAAAAACAGGGCUGAUUUGCCACUUCUGUCUCCAGAGUGACAUGGAGUGAACUUUAGCACUUCCCAGUAUAGCCAGAAUUGCAUCCUCUAGGAUCUAGUUCUGGGGUGAACAGCACUUCUAUGAAUGUAGCAUUUCACUGGAAUGGAUUCUCACCAUGCUGCCCCUAGGGCAAAAAUGAACAUUUGUCAGUGCUUUUGUACUUUUUGAUAUUGCUGCAUACUCAAGGGAUUUUUCCCUCACCAGCCACCAAAGUCCCAAACCACUUGCAAGUUCCAGAUUGUAUUGGCUGCGCCAUACCCUCUGCCCAAGAUGACAACUGCCUGUGCUGAGGCACAGUUUGCACCAUUAGCCUUACCUGCCUUGCCCUUGUUGUGAGACCUACUUGUAUAGGUGCUAACUUCUAGCCAUCAAAUCCAAUUUUUAGUAGGAAAAACCUUCUGGAGGCCCCCAACCUUCUAAAGGGGUCACCACCUCCAGGAAAAGCCUUCAAACCACUCUGGCAUGUCAGAUGAAAGCAUUGCACUAUACCUCUUGGAACAAAGCAAUAUAGACAGACUUCUUCAGGCACUUCAGCCUGAGAGGAAGCUCAGGAUCUGACAAAUUCCUCUUUUUCACAAGUUAUCCUGCUUAUUAAAAAGUGAUUUGUAGGGCGGCGCCUGUGGCUCAGUCGGUAAGGCGCUGGCCCCAUAUGCCGAGGGUGGCGGGUUCAAACCCGGCCCUGGCCAAACUGCAACCAAAAAAUAUCCGGGCAUUGUGGUGGGCGCCUGUAGUCCCAGCUACUUGGGAGGCUGAGGCAAGAGAAUCGCUUAAGCCCAUGAGUUGGAGGUUGCUGUGAGCUGUGUGAGGCCACGGCACUCUACCAAGGGCCAUAAAGUGAGACUCUGUCUCUACAAAAAAAAAAAAAAAAAAGUGAUCUGCAAGUAAUAGGAACUUACGUGUUUCCUGCCUGUUAAACAAUCAGAGCUGCAACCAGAUUCUAUGUUGGUUAAAAUGAGAAAGCAUAUAUAUCUUCUAUAUACAAAAAGAAGAAAAAGCCUUAAUAUUAAUGCUAAUUUGACUGAAAACUGACUUGUGGCUUAAAUUUUGUAGGCUAUUGUACUUUUAUUAUACCAAAUGAUAUUCUAAAUCACUUUGACCAAUAGACAUAUUCUCUGUAAAGUAGAGCAAUUCUGUGGAAGCGUUUGUGAGCUGCCUGUCCCCACACUUCCGAACAGAAUCACAGCAAGAUCCUAAGGGAUGUGGGGUGCUAGAUAGCCAAAGGUCUUUGGAACAGCAAGAAAGUGGCAUGACUAUGGUCUACCGUCCCCUCUUCUCUGUGCUGUUUGCUUCUCUUGCUGCCAACUCCUUUUUCACUCACCCAUCCACCUGCUCACCCCUUCUGGCAGCUUCCACCUCAUUCACCUCUCCUCUUCCAAACUGUAGCCAGUGUAUUUGGUGCCUGGGCAUUGGCUCAGCACCCCGUCCUGUUUCUGUAUUUGUAAUAUACAUUAUUAUGUCUUCCUAAAACAAAAGAUUGGGUUUCUUUCUUUGAAUUUUUAUUGAGAACCAUACAAUCUAUUUUCCUCUAAUGCUUAUUCACACUGUAAGUAGGAGAAAAAAAUAGUUUUAACUGAUGAAUGUGGUUUUUUUCCUUUAAUGUUCAAGAAAUUGUGUCUAUUUCAUGGAUUUCUUCUGACUUUUUUGUGCAGGUCCCUGUCAGUUUCUCUGUUAUAUAAUCUUCCAGUAGAUUUUUCUCCUUUCACAUUCUUACAAGACUUGCUAAAGAAGCAGAGUAUCAAGUCCAAACAAAAAAAAUCCAAAGUGACCUUAAACGGCAGUGUCUUCUGUCUAUGUAGAGAAAAGAGGGGAUUUGAUUUCACAGUUACCAUCAAAUGCUUUAUGGCUAUGGGAACAAUGCUGGAUCUAUAUCUCUGUGAAGUUCGUUAACACUGAGGGAAGAUAACUGAUGAUUCCAUUAAUGAUUCUUCCUUUAGAGGUCUAGAAUAAGAUAGCCCCCCUUUAACUGCUAACUUCACUUCUUCUAACUGUUCUAUCUUGUUGGUUAGGAGACGACUUGACUUAUAUUCCAGCAUUCUCUGUGGCUUGAGGUAACAUUUUCAGACCCUUCUUUAACUGCCUUUCUUACCCUGAAUGUGCCAAGCCUGAAACAGGAUUUGAUUCCCUGAGCUACUGCUCAGCAUUCUAUGUGCCACCAAGGAAUCUGGUUAAUCUUUCAUCUCAUUCAUGUUCUUUUUGAAACAAGACACUUUGGGGGUCAGGUCUAUUCAGGUGUUUGUAUUAUGUGUAUAAAAAUGCAUUUUGUGUUCCCUUACCAUGUAAGUACUAACUUACACAAAAACUCACAAUCAUGUAAAGAAGAAAUAAAAGCCUGGUUUAUUGUACUUCAAGAUGCUCCCUGAUGUACAGAAUUUCCUUGUAAAAUAAAUAAUUGCAUUGUAUAUCAGUCUUCCCAUCAAUAGUAAUUAUUAAAGUAUUUUAGAAUUUUAGAAUACCAAA